CCGCCCCCCAGCUGAGGGCGGCCGAUUGGCGGGACCCGGCCCAGGGGGCGGGACCGACUCCCCGAGCCCCCAAGAGCUUCACCCGCUCGGGAGCUGAGACGGCGAAACUCGCUCCCGGACACUGACGGAGGCGGGUAAUGGAUCCCCGACUCAUUUUGCUGCUCGUGGCCUGUUGGCCGGGGCCGUCGCGUCAGGCGCUUCCGAGUUCAUCGUUUUUCCCUCUUAAAGUGCUCAACCUGGCCCUGAAGCAGCCCAGCGAGCAGUCGUCUCUGUUUCAGUCGAAGGGGGGUCCCGAGAAAGCGGUGGACGGGAGCUUGGGGAAUGACUAUGAGGGGGGCGACUGCACCCACACGAUCUACGAGUGGGAGCCCUGGUGGAGGGUCGACCUGUUGACCUCCUACCUGGUCCACUUUGUCAUCGUCACCAACCGGGGGGACGGCAGCUUCCAUCGCAUCCAGGGGGCCGAGAUCCGCAUUGGGAACUCCAAGGAGAACGGCGGCAAGAAUAACCCCAGGUGUGUUUCCAUCCCGUCCUUGGGCUCGGGGGAAACCGGCUUCUACCACUGCGAAGCCAUGAACGGCCGUUACGUGACGCUGACCAUCCCAAGGCGGAAGGAGUUCCUCACUCUCUGUGAGGUCCAGGUGUUGGGUCAACCGUGGGAAUCGGACACGGAUCUUUUUCCCGGUUCUUCUCUAAUCCCGAUACAAGCGGUCAACCUAGCCAAGAGUGAAAACAGCUACCAGUCCAGCACCUUAGGAGAAGGCUGGGCCGGGAAAGCCACGGACGGCCUGCUGGCUGGCAACUUCCAGCGCGGGGAGGGCACGCACACCCAACUCAACGAAGCCCCGUGGUGGUACGUCGACAUGACCUUCAACCUGGUCGUCAACUACGUGGUGGUGACCAACCGGGCAGACUGCUGCGCGGAGCGCAUCUCCGGGGCCGAGAUCCGGUUGGGGACCAGCCGGGUGGACAACGGAAGAUCCAACCCCAGAUGUGCCAUCAUCACCCGUUUGGAUCUGGGGGAGACGUUACCCUUCUACUGCGGGAAACGUGGGCGAUACCUGACGGUGGUGAUUCCUGGCCGGAAGGAGUUCCUGAGCCUGGCCGAAGUCCAGGUCUUCCAUGACCCUUCCCGCCACUCUGUCAAUACCCUGCCUGGUAUGGAAUCCACCCUGGUCUUCACGAAAAUGGUGAACGUCGCUCUGGGGAGACCUGCCAAUCAGUCCAGCACCUACGAGGAGAGGGGCGAGCCGUCGCGGGCGCUGGACGGGUCGCUGAAGAGCAACUACAAGAAAGGGUACUGCACCCACACCCACUUCGACUUCCAGCCCUGGUGGACGGUGACCUUGGCCUCCAGCCUCUCCAUCUUCUUCGUCACGAUCACCACCCGGGAAGACUGCUGCCCGGAGCGUCUCAGCGGGGCCGAGAUCCGCAUCGGAGACUCUCCCCAAGUCGGGGGGCAGGGCAACCCGAGAUGCGCCACAAUCCCAGCAAUGGAGCCGGGAGAGACGUUGUCCUUCUCCUGUAACGGGAUGCAAGGGCGAUUCGUCAGCGUCAUCCUGCCGAGGAAGAGAGAGUACCUCACUAUCUGCGAGGUCCAGGUGUUCACGGAGCCGUGGAGAUUUAACGUUCCUUUCAGAAAAACGGAUCUCACGUCCUCCUACGAGACCAAUGUGAACUUAGCCUUGGGCAGACCAAGCGUCCAGUCGAGCACGCCCCUGAGAGAGAGCGGCCCCGAGAAGGCCAACGACGGCUCCCUGGACGUCGACCAGGGGCGGUGCGCCUUGACCUCGAAGGAGCUCCGGCCGUGGUGGAUGGUCGACCUGCAGUCCGACUGUUUGGUGGAGUCCGUUGUGGUCAUCGCUCAGGACCAGUUGAACGGGGCUGAGAUUCGGGUGGGGUCCUCCUCUCUCGACGGAGGCCAAAACAAUCCCAGGUGUGCCUGGAUCUCCUUCCUCGACGCGGGAAAGAAGGCUUCCUUCGAGUGCGAGGCCAUGAAGGGUCGCUUCGUGACGGUGAUGAUCCCCAGGAGGGUCAUGGUUCUGUCCCUCUGCGAGGUGCAGGUGUAUGGGAAACCAGGACCUAAGUGGAAUUCUGGAAGCGACACUCAGGUCUCCUGGGACGGAGCCAAGGUCAACCCUAAUUCCCCCAUCAGUGUCACUCUCAACCCCAACCCCACCGUCCCCGCCAACCCCACCGUCCCCACCAACCCCACCGUCCCCACCAACCUCACCGUCCCCACCAACUCCAGCAUCCACGUCAACGCCAACUCCAACGGCCAUUUCGGCAGCAAGCCCGACAUCCACCACAAUACAGACGCCAGUGGCCAAAAUUAUACUCAUUCCCAGGGCAAUUCAGACCUCACCAACCAAAUCAUGGUCUUCCCCGGGGGAGGCGGGGCCAGUUACGUCCUCUUGUCUCCACGGCGGCCCAUGAGCCUCCGGGCCUUCACCCUCUGCCUGAAGGCGAUGCUCUGGCUGGACCAUUCCAGAGAAGCAUCCCUCUUCUCCUACCGGAACCGAGACGAGGAAGAGCUCGGCAUCCGGAGGCUACCGGGAGGGAUCGUCGGCUUCUUCCAAAGGGACCGGGCCGGACCGACCUUCGUCCCCAGCCGGAGAGGCUCCGGGGAUCACAUGUGCCUAACGUGGGACUCCGACACGGGCCGCGCGGGCUUCUGGGUGAACGGGUCGGAGAGCGGGCAGGAGGUCAGGGCCGGGAGACGCCCGGUCACACCCGGCGGGGUCACGGUGCUGGGGCAGGGGCUGGGCCAGGCCGCGGACCCCUCUCGCCCGGCCCGGAGCUUCGUGGGGAAGCUGUCAGACCUGCACAUGUGGGACCGCAUCCUGUCUCCGGCCGACAUCCGGAGAGUAUCUAGGAAUGCUCCGUUCCCCACCGGAAACGUCUUCGACUGGGGGACCCUGUCCUACCAGCUGGAGGGGAACGUGAAAGUUUGUCCGAGGCAGGAGGCCGAGGAGAACGACCCAUGUUAGGGUGGAAACCGGGAACCCAAGGCCAAGAGCUGCCUCCUCUCUGUGCCUUUGCGUUAGGGGGUCUAAAAUGGGGCAGGUGGGAGGGGCCUCGUGAUACUUUGGUAAGACCCUCUGCUCCCUCUGACACUUUCCUGAAAUCCAACGAGCUAAUUAGAAGAAAUCCCGCUUCAGUGAAUCCCGGGCCUGGGGCCAGAGGAGAGAGUUUCCGGCCAGGGCUCGAAGAGACUCAAAACGGCGGCUUCCGCCGGGUCCGUCUGCUCGGGAAAGCCGGGUCCCUCCCAGUCGUCCCUCCUAAAAGCCCUACUUCCUUCUAGUCCGCGUGCUCGUAGCCCCACGUGGCCCGGUGUUUUGCCUUCCUGACGGAACCUUUGAGAGGAAAGAGGCUCAGCCUGCAAGAAGAGUAAGAAAAUGAGAAGAGACAUCUCUCCCUGGCCUGGGGAACCGUGAGGUAGAGUAGCCUCAAUCAGAGAGACGGGGGAAGGAGUUUCUGAACACGAUUUGGGAGCCACGAUGGAU